CAGAACUCAGAGUGGCUGCGCUUAGAUCAACACAUGCUCAAGGUGCAUUACCCCAAUAUCGGCGCGUCAGAAGACUGCCUGUACCUGAACAUCUAUGCGCCUGCCCACGCCGAUGCAGGCUCCAAGCUCCCCAUCUUGGUAUGGUUCCCAAGGGGUGCCUUCAAGACUGGCUCAGCCUCCAUCUUCGACGGGUCCACCCUGGCUGCCUAUGAGGACAUGCUGGUUGUGGUCGUCCAGCAUCGGCUGGGAAUAUUUGGCUUCUUCACCACAUGGGAUCAGCACGCGCCGGGGAACUGGGCCUUCAAGGACCAGGUGGCUGCUCUGUCUUGGGUCCAGAAGAACAUCGAGUUCUUUGGUGGGGACCCCAGCUCUGUGACCAUCUUUGGCGAGUCUGCGGGAGCCAUAAGUGUUUCUAGCCUUAUACUGUCUCCCAUGGCCGAAGGCUUAUUCCACAAAGCCGUCAUGGAGAGUGGGGUGGCCAUCAUCCCGUACCUGAAGGCCCAUGAUUAUGAGAAGAGUGAGGACCUGCAGGUGGUUGCACAUUUUUGUGGGAACAAUGCGUCAGACUCUGAGGACCUGCUGAGGUGCCUGAGGACAAAAUCCCCCUGACCCUCAUCCAGAUUUUGUGAACAGAAAUUGCUGAUGAUUUUUUUUUCUUCCUUAUUGCAGAAAACAAAGCCUUUCACUCUAGUGGUUGAUGGUGUUUUCUUUCCUAAUGAGCCUCUAUGUCUAUUGUCUCAGAAAGCAUUUAAAGCAAUUCCUUCCAUCAUUGGAGUCAGUAACCCUGAGUGUGGCUUCCCGCUGCCUAUGAAGGAGGCUCCUGAGAUCCUCAGUGGCUCCAAGAAGUCCAUUGCCCUCCAUCUGAUACAAAACAUCCUGGAACACGGAGUGGACAGGGAAGAUGUGUGUUCAGCUUCCACCAUUCAGAAGCCACAAUUCCUUGGGAAUCCCCAUGGGGACGACCUGCCUCUGUGGCCAGCCUAUAAUCUGACCGAGCAGUACCUGCAACCAGACUUGACAUGA